AUCCCAAACACACACACAUUUUUCCCCCGGACUUGGAAAGUCACCCAAAGCCGCCCCAAGUGCAGCAAACAGACCUCGCUGACUGAAGGCCAAGACCCCUUCCAUCCCAUCUGCCCUUCCGGCCACCACGGUUGUCAGCCCUCCCGUAGAAGGGGACCCUGCAGCUCCAGUGGUGCACAGUGGAAUGGACUUUGGACCCCGGUCUCUUGGGACACAAAGGAUGAAGUGACGCCCCUACUUUGAGAGAGGAGCCUCUAGGACCCGCUGCGAGAGUUUGGGACCAAGGAGAGGAGAAUGGAUCUCGGUACAGCUGAAGGCACCCGGUGCACCGACCCGCCCGCAGGCAAGCCCGCGAUGGCGGCCAAGCGCAAAGGCGGCCUGAAGCUCAACGCCAUCUGCGCCAAGCUGAGCCGCCAGGUGGUGGUGGAGAAGGGGGCAGAGGCGGGCCCCCAGCCCGAGGGCAGCCCGCUGCGGCCGCGGGACCGAGAGGCCGGCGUGGCCCGGGGCGUCCGCAGCGAGGAAGACAAGAGGCGGGCGGUGAUCGAGAAGUGGGUCAACGGUGAGUACAGCGAGGAGCCCGCGCCCGCGCCCAGCCUGGGGCGGAUCGGCCGCGAGGGCCUGGAGCUGCCGCCCGAGGGCGUCUACAUGGUGCAGCCCCAGGGCUGCAGCGACGAGGAGGACCACGGCGAAGAGCCCCCCAGGGAUGGCGGUGGCGUCGCGGAGGAGAAGGAGUCUGACGGGGUGGCCUCCAAGGACGACAGCGGCCCCGGUACCAAGCAGGCUUCGGGAGAGGCCUCCUCACUCCGGGACUACGCGGCUUCCACUAUGACCGAGUUCCUCGGCAUGUUUGGCUACGAUGACCAGAACACGAGGGACGAGCUGGCCAGGAAGAUCAGCUUCGAGAAGCUGCACGCAGGCUCCACCCCCGAGGUGGCCACCUCCUCCAUGCUGCCCGCCUCCGAGGAUGCCCUCAGCAAGCGGGCGCGCUUCUCCAAAUAUGAGGAGUACAUCCGCAAGCUCAAGGCCGGCGAGCAGCUCUCCUGGCCGGCCCACAGCACCAAGGCCGAGGAGCGGGCGGGCAAGGACGUGGUGGGGCCCCUGCCCGGCCUGCGGCUGCCCAGCAGCACGGCGCACCUGGAGACCAAGGCCACCAUCCUGCCCCUGCCCUCACACAGCAGCGUUCCCAUGCAGGGCCUGGUGGCCCGCACCUCCAAGUACGACUUCUUCAUCCAGAAACUGAAGACGGGCGAGAACCUGCGGCCCCAGAACGGGAGCACCUACAAGAAGCCAUCCAAGUACGACCUGGAGAACGUCAAGUACCUGCACCUCUUCAAACCCGGGGAGGGCAGCCCCGACAUGGGCGGGGCCAUUGCCUUCAAGACGGGCAAGGUGGGGCGCCCCUCCAAGUACGACGUCCGGGCCAUCCAGAAGCCGGGCCCCGCCAAGGUUCCGCCCACCCCCAGCCUGGCUCCUGCACCCCUCCCCAGCGUGCCCAGUGCUCCCAGCGCCCCUGGGCCAGGGCCCGAGCCAUCCGCCUCCCUGCCCUUCAACACUCCCGAGUACCUGAAGUCGACCUUCUCCAAAACAGACUCCAUCACCACGGGGACCGUCUCCACUGUCAAGAACGGAUUGCCCACAGAUAAACCAGCUGUCACCGAAGAUGUAAACAUUUACCAGAAAUAUAUUGCCAGGUUCUCCGGCAGUCAGCACUGUGGCCAUAUCCACUGCGCCUACCAGUACCGUGAGCACUACCACUGCCUUGACCCGGAGUGCAACUACCAGAGGUUCACGAGCAAGCAGGAUGUGAUCCGGCACUACAACAUGCACAAGAAACGCGACAACUCCCUGCAGCACGGCUUCAUGCGCUUCAGCCCGCUGGACGACUGCAGCGUCUAUUACCACGGCUGCCACCUCAACGGGAAGAGCACCCACUACCACUGCAUGCAGGUGGGCUGUAACAAGGUGUAUACAAGCACGUCAGAUGUGAUGACCCACGAGAACUUCCACAAGAAGAACACCCAGCUCAUCAACGAUGGCUUCCAGCGCUUCCGAGCCACCGAGGACUGCGGCACGGCCGACUGCCAGUUCUACGGGCAGAAGACCACGCAUUUCCACUGCAGGCGCCCCGGCUGCACAUUCACCUUCAAGAACAAGUGUGACAUCGAGAAGCACAAGAGCUACCACAUCAAGGACGACGCGUAUGCCAAGGACGGCUUCAAGAAGUUCUACAAGUACGAGGAGUGCAGGUACGAGGGCUGCGUGUACAGCAAGGCCACCAACCACUUCCACUGCAUCCGCGCCGGCUGCGGCUUCACCUUCACGUCCACCAGCCAGAUGACCUCGCACAAGCGCAAGCACGAGCGCAGGCACGUCCGCUCCUCGGGCGCGCUGGGGCUGCCGUCCUCGCUGCUGGGCGCCAAGGACACGGAGCACGAGGAGUCGAGCAACGACGACCUGGUCGACUUCUCGGCCUUGAGCAGCAAGAACUCCAGCCUGAGCGCCUCCCCGACCAGCCAGCAGUCCUCCGCCUCCCUGGCCGCCGCCGCCGCCGCCGCCGCCGAGGCCACACCCGGUGCCGCCAAGCCGCCCAACAGCAAGAUCUCCGGGCUGCUGUCCCAGGGCCUGCCCGCUUCCAUCCCACUGGCGCUGGCCCUCUCCAACUCAGGCCUGCCCACCGCCGCCCCCUACUUCCCUAUCCUUCCGAGCCGGGGCAGCGCCUCCUUGCCCGUGGGUGCCCCCGGCCUCCUGGGUGCCAUGUCGUCCGGGGCAGUGGCCUCGGCGGCAGCCGACACACCCGCCCUGGCCGCCUCGGGAGCCGGUGACUCUGCCCCGGCCGCCGCCACCUCUGUCCCGGUGCCCCCCGCCUCCAUCAUGGAGAGGAUCUCGGCGAGCAAGGGUCUCAUCUCACCCAUGAUGGCCAGGCUGGCCGCGGCUGCCCUCAAGCCCUCUGCCACCUUUGACCCAGGAAACGGGCAGCAGGCCACCCCCGCCAGGUUCCCCCCGGCCCCGGUGAAGCAGGAGCCCGGUGAGAGCGCUGGCGCCCCGGUUCCCCACGAGGUCUCCCAGGACCGCAGUUUAGACCUGACUGUGAAGGAGCCCAGUAAUGAAUCAAAUGGCCAUGCAGUCCCGGCAAACUCGUCUCUUUUAUCCUCGCUUAUGAAUAAGAUGUCUCAGGGCAACCCCAACCUUGGCAGCCUGUUGAACAUCAAGACAGAAGCGGAGGGCAGCCCCGCCGUGGAGUCCUCGCCCUUCCUGGGCAAGGCCGUGAAGGCGUUGGUUCAGGAGAAGCUGUCCGAGCCCUGGAAGGUGUACCUUCGAAGGUUUGGCACCAAGGACUUCUGUGACGCCCAGUGUGACUUCCUUCACAAGGCACACUUCCACUGCGUGGUGGAGGAGUGCGGCGCGCUUUUCAGCACCCUGGACGGGGCCAUCAAGCAUGCCAACUUCCACUUCCGGACGGAGGGAGGAGCAGUGAAGGGAAACGCAGAGGCUCCCUUCCCCACCUCGGCUGCGGAGACCAAACCCGCCUUGGCCCCCUCGUCCCCUCCAGCGCCUCCUGUCACCACAGCCUCUCUGGAGGGUCCCACUCCCAGCCCGGCUGCCGUGCCCUCCACCCCCACGCUGCUCGCCUGGAAGCAGCUGGCUUCCACCAUACCCCAGAUGCCUCAGAUUCCAGCGUCAGUGCCUCACCUGCCCACUUCGCCCUUGGCAACGACUUCUCUAGAAAACGCCAAGCCCCAGGUCAAACCCGGAUUCCUCCAGUUCCAGGAGAACGAUCCUUGCCUCGCCACGGACUGCAAGUACGCCAACAAGUUCCACUUCCACUGUCUCUUCGGGAACUGCAAGUACGUCUGCAAAACCUCCGGCAAGGCUGAGUCCCACUGCCUGGACCACAUCAACCCCAACAACAACCUGGUGAACGUGCGAGACCAGUUUGCGUACUACUCACUUCAGUGUCUCUGUCCCAACCAGCACUGUGAGUUCCGGAUGCGUGGACACUACCACUGCCUCCGGACCGGCUGCUACUUUGUGACCAACAUCACCACCAAGUUGCCGUGGCACAUAAAGAAGCACGAGAAAGCCGAGCGGCGGGCAGCCAACGGAUUCAAGUACUUUACCAAGCGCGAGGAGUGUGGCAGGCUAGGCUGCAAGUACAACCAGGUGAACAGCCACUUCCACUGCAUCCGGGAGGGCUGCCAGUUCUCCUUCCUCCUCAAGCACCAGAUGACCUCCCACGCCCGGAAGCACAUGCGGAGGAUGCUGGGCAAGAACUUCGAUCGCGUGCCCCCCUCCCAGGGCCCCCCGAGCCUGAUGGACACGGAGACAGAUGAGUACAUGGAUUACACGGGCUGCAGCCCGGGCGCCGUGUCCUCUGAGUCGCCCACCAUGGACCGGAGCUGCUCCAGCACCCCCGUGGGCAACGAGAGCACGGCGGCAGGGAACACCAUCUCCAUGCCCACAGCCUCCGGGGCCAAAAAGCGCUUCUGGAUCAUCGAGGACAUGUCGCCGUUCGGCAAGCGGCGCAAGACGGCCUCCUCGCGGAAAAUGCUGGACGAGGGCAUGAUGCUGGAGGGCUUCCGGCGCUUCGACCUCUACGAGGACUGCAGGGACCCGACCUGCCAGUUCUCGCUCAAGGUCACGCACUACCACUGCACACGGGAGAACUGUGGCUACAAGUUCUGCGGACGCACGCACAUGUACAAGCACGCGCAGCACCAUGACCGCGUGGACAACCUCGUGCUGGACGACUUCAAGCGCUUCAAGGCCUCGCUCAGCUGCCACUUCGCCGACUGCCCCUUCUCGGGCUCCAGCACGCACUUCCACUGCCUGCGCUGCCGCUUCCGCUGCACCGACAGCACCAAGGUGACGGCGCACCGCAAGCACCACGGCAAGCAGGACGUCAUCAGCGCGGCGGGGUUCUGCCAGUUCAGCUCGAGCGCCGACUGCGCCGUGCCCGACUGCAAGUACAAGCUCAAGUGCUCGCACUUCCACUGCACCUACCCGGGCUGCCGCCACACGGUCGUGGGCAUGUCGCAGAUGGACUCGCACAAGCGCAAGCACGACAAGCAGGAGCGCGGCGAGCCACCCGCCGCGUCCCCGGGCCCCGCCGUCGGCCUGGACGGCGCGCUGUCUCUGGGCACCGAGCCCGGGGCCCCCCUGCUCUUCCUCCCGCCCGCCGCCGCCGCCGCCGCCGCUUCCGCGGGCCUGGGGCUGGGGCCGGGCGAUGCGGGCGACCCCGGGGACCCCGGCCCGCCCGACGGCCCCGGGCCCCGCGACGGCCCCGCUGCACCGGCGCCCGGCCCGGUGGCGGCUGGGGAGUCGUCACAGGAGGACGAGGAGGAGGAGCUGGAGCUGCCCGAGGAGGAGGCGGACGACGACGAGGACGACGACGAAGACGACGACGACGACGAGGAGGACGACGACGACGACGACGACGACGACGAGGACCUGCGCACCGACUCGGAGGAGUCGCUGCCCGAGGCGGCGGCGGCGGCGGCGGCGGCGGCGGCGGGGCCGGGGGCGCGGAGCCCAGAGCUGGCGGCCCCGGCGCCCGCCACAGCGUCGCCCUAG